CGAUGUGUUUGAUGUCCGGAAAGCUUCGCUUCUUCGUCUCUCUGCGGAGCUGUGCGCGGACAUCUCUACAGCUAACCGCCUAGUUAGUCGCUGAAGCGUUUAGGGGCCAGGGCACCACUGUCUUGUCAGAACAUUUUCCUGCGUCUGGCUGAAAGAUGGAGGUUGCCUAUGUGUGUGAGUGGGAAAAAAGGCCCAAGAGUAACCACUGUCCAUCCAUCCCACUGGUGUGUGCCUGGUCCUGCAGAAACCUGGUGGCCUUUACCACCGACUUAAAAAAUGACGAGGACGACAAAGAUGUCAGCCACAUGAUCCACAUCAUUGACACCGAACAUCCAUGGGAUGUGUACUCCAUAAACUCAGGGCAUGCUGAGGUCAUUUCCUGUCUGGAAUGGGACCAAGCAGGCUCCAGGUUGCUCUCUGCGGAUGGAGAUGGACAGAUUAAGUGCUGGGCAAUGGCAGACCACCUGGUGAACAGCUGGGAGAGCAAUCUAGGCAGCUCAGUGGAGGGAGACCCCAUCGUAGCGCUGUCCUGGCUGCACAAUGGAGUCAAGCUGGCUCUGCAUGUGGAGAUGUCAGGCUCUACCAACUUUGGUGAGAAGUUCUCACGGGUCAAGUUCUCCCCCUCGCUCACUUUAUUUGGGGGGAAACCAAUGGAAGGCUGGCUGGCGGUGACAGUCAGCGGACUGGUGACCGUCUCCCUACUGAAGCCCAGCGGCGCCCUGCUAAGUGCUAGCGAGAGUCUGUGUCGUCUGCGUGGCCGCGUGGCGCUGGCUGACAUCGCCUUCACCGGAGGAGGCAACAUUGUGGUGGCAGCCACUGAUGGCAGCAGCUCCUCCCCUGUGCAGUUCUACAAGGUAGUUGUCAGUGUGGUUAAUGAAAAGUGUAGGAUCGACACCGAGUUGUUACCCUCGCUCUUCAUGCGCUGCACCACUGACCCCGUCAGGAGAGACAAAUACCCUGCCGUCACACACCUCAAGUUUCUGACCAGAGAGAAUUCUGAACAGGUCUUAUUGUGUGCCUCCAGUCAGAGUGGCAGUAUUGUGGAGUGCUGGUCCCUAAGGAAGGAGGGACUUCCUGUCAACAACAUCUUCCAACACCGCUCACCUGUUGUUGGUGAGAAACAGCCGACCAUCCUGAAGUGGCGAAUCCUGUCGGCCACAAACGACCUGGACCGAGUAACCGCUGUGGCGCUGCCCAAACUGCCCAUCUCCAUUUCCAACACUGACCUGAAGGUGGCAUCUGACACCAAGUUCUGCCCUGGGCUCGGUUUAGCCCUGGCCUUCCAUGAUGGUAGUAUCCACAUCCUACAUCGUCUUUCUCUCCACACCAUGGGUGUGUUCUAUGGCUCCUCGCCGUCUGCACCCGGCCAGCGACCCAACGACGACUCCGCCAUCAAACGCCAGCGAACCGGAAGCCCUGCCCUCCACUUCAAAGCCCUGCAGUUCUCCUGGACCUCCCUGGCUCUUACUGGGGUGGACAACCAUGGCAAGCUACACAUGCUCAGGGUGUCGCCCUCUAUGGGUCAGAUGUUGGACAUGAACACCACACUGCGCCACCUACUAUUUCUAUUGGAGUACUGCAUGGUGACAGGCUACGACUGGUGGGACGUGUUGCUCCACGUGCAGCCUGGCAUGGUCCACAACCUGGUGGAGAAGCUGCAUGAAGAAUACAUGAGGCAGAACCAGGCGUUACAGCAGGUUCUCUCCACCCGGAUUGUGGCAGUGAAGGCGUCUCUCUGUAAACUGUCCUCUGCGACGGCGGCGCGUGCCUGUGACUUCCAUGCCAAACUCCUCCUCAUUGCCAUCAGCUCCACCCUCAAAUCACUCCUCCGACCUCACGUCCUGAACACCCCAGACAAGAGUCCUGGAGACCGACUGACCGAGAUCUGCUCCAAGAACACAGACACAGAUAUUGACAAGGUGAUGAUCAACCUGAAAACAGAGGAGUUUGUGUUGGAUGGCCCGCCGCUCCAGUCUCUGCAGCAGCUUAUCCAGUGGGUGGGAGACUUUGUCCUCUACCUGCUGGCCAACCUGCCCAAUCAGGGCUCCAUGGUGCGUCCAGGCUUCGGUUUCCUGCGGGAUGGCUCCUCUCUGGGCAUGCUCCGAGAAAUGAUGGUGAUGAUCCGCAUCUGGGGCCUGCUGAAGCCAGGCUGCCUGCCCAUCUAUGUGGCCACCUCCGACAGCCAGGACAGCAUGUCUCUCCUCUUCCGCCUGCUCACCAAACUCUGGCUCUGCUCCCGGGAUGAGGUCCCCCCCCAGGAGCCUGAUGAAAGUCUGGUCGAUGAGUGCUGUUUGCUGCCCAGUCAGUUACUGGUCCCCAGUAUGGACUGGCUUCCUGUCAACGACGGAGUAAUCACCAAACUACAGGGGAAGCACCCACUGAGACUCCAGUUUGGAAAACCGUACUCCCUACCCAGCCUGAGUUCCAUGGGACAGGUGGAGAUCUUCUCCAGGAGUCAGAAGAUGGAUAACCUGCGAUGUCUCCAUAUGGGGGUGUGUCCAACCGAGGACAGCAAGGCUUGUACCAGGUGUGGCUGUGUGACGAUGUUGCGUUCUCCCAAUAAAACCAAUGCCAUGAAGCAGUGGGAGCAGCGCUGGAUUAAGAACUGUCUGUGUGGGGGUCUGUGGAGGAGAAUACCCCCCCACUGACCUGACAGUACACACUCCUUCCACCUGUGCACACAACACGGCUUCCUGCCCAGCUCUGUACACACACACACACACACACACACACAUUUAGCCUUUGUUGUUACAUGUAAAUAGCAGCCGUUUCUUGUGAGAUGUUUUUGGAGUAAAAUCAAUUUCAAAAAAGUAAACGUUGA